CCGAGGGACAGGCUCCUAGAGCCCGCAGCAGGCAGACACACACCCCGGCAGACAGACAGACAGACAGACAGACAGGCAGACAGGAUGCCGUGUCGGAAGGAGAACUACAUCUUCCUGGAGCAGUCGGUCACCGGGAGCUCCAAGGAGGUGGACGCGCUGGUCACCAAGAUCGGAGAGGCGCUGCAGCUGCACAGCAGCAGCCAGAAGAGCGUGUCCGUGUCCGUGGCCUGCCUCCACGGCGGCGGCAAGGCGGCCGGCGGCGUGGACGCGGCAGGAGGAGGAGGAGGAGGUGCAGCAGGAGGAGGAGGAGGAGCGCGUAAAAGCUGCGUAAAACUCGGAGGGCGCACCGGCGGCAGUAGCAGGGCGAGCCCGUACCGGAUCCCCGGUGGGUCCUCCACGGGAACCCACCGGGACUGGGACCAAAUCAGACCGUGGAGCAGAAAGAGGAUCACCGUGGUGCAGGAGGAGGACCCGCACCGCCUCCUGCAGGAGCUCAUUCUAUCGGGGAACCUGGUGAAGGAGGCCGUGAGGAGGCUGCAGUUCCCCGCAGGAGACUUCGGCCCCACGGCGGACAAUGUGCCGAGCUGAUGCCGACAUGAGGGACUCACAGGGGGGCAGACAGGGCCCGGGGGCCCCGGGGGCCCCGGGGGGACCGGGCCCCGUACGGACACACACACUGAGACUGGUCAGAGUUGAAUCCACAGGACUGGGAGCUAUGGUUUAAUAAUUUCAGCCAUUUUUUUUUCGUGUUUUUCUGGUCUGGAAGCGGUGUUCCGGUUGGUCUGGUGGCCGGAUUAUCUGGUGACAGGAAGAGCUGCAGGGAGACACAAAGAGAGCGAAUAGGUGGCCGGAGGCUCGUUUUUUUUCUGGUUUUCCUUAAAUUAUGAGACAAAAAGUCGAAAUUAUAUGAUAAAUAGUGAAAAUGAUAAGGUAAAAAGUCGAAAUUAUGACAAAAAUGGCCAAAUUAGCUGCCAACAGAGGCUUGUUUCUCUGGUUUUCUCCAAAUUAUGAGGUAAAAAAAACCGAAAAUAUGACAAAAAAGGCUAAAUUUAACAGCCACGGGAGGCUCGUUUCGUGUCUGCUCUCUUUAUCUAGUUAUUUUUUAAUUAAAAAGUGAAAUAUUAUCUCGGGUUUAAGUGUGAUUUUGUAUUUAAAAACAGACACAUUUACCCCGGAAGUCACCAGUUAACUCGGGGACCAGGCGGGCCGGAACACCGUGUUGUUUAUGUUUGAAUGUGGCUCAGACCGGGGGGAUGGGGGGUUCACUGGGUGCUUGGAGGCUCGUUUUUUCGGCCUUUUCAUGAACCACAAAGUGUGUUUAUUCCCAGUUGUGGGCUGGUUUGGUGGGAACCAGCAGAGACCCACUGGGAGGGGUUCCUCCUCAACAAUGGCUGGUUCUCCUCCUCGACGUGAUGAAUGAGUCACAGAGAAGCAGACAGGAAGUCAGAGCGGUCGUCUUUUAUUUACCAGCAGAAACCUGGACCGGUUCUGUUCUGCUGGAGGACCAGACUUUACAGCAGCUGGUUGGUUUCAGUCCAUUUUGUUUACAGUCUCCAGCUGUUAGAACCUCCUGGUUCUGGUUCCACAUCAGGGCGUCCACUGGGUUCUCCACAUGGUUCUCCUCUAACGGCACCACAGGCUCCUCUAUCUGCUUUUCUCCAAAUUAUGAGGUAAAGAGACGAAAUUAUAUGAUAAAAAGUCAAAUUUAACUGCCAUCAGAGGCUCCUUUUCUCUGGUUUUCUCCAAAUUAUGAGACAAAGAGUCGAAAUUAUAUGUUAAAAAGUCAAAUUUAACUGCCACUGGAGGCUCGUUUUCUCUGGUUUUCUCCAAAUUAUGAGAUAAGAAGUUGAAAAUAUGAGAUAAAUAUUCAAAAUUAUAUGAUAAAAAGGACAAAAAAGGCCAAAUUAACUGACACCAGAGACUCCUUUCUCUAGUUUUCGCCAAAUUAUGAGAUAAAAAGUCCAAAUUAUAUGAUUAAAAAGUCAAAUUUAACUGUAACUGGAGAUUCCUUUCUCUGGUUUUCUUGAAAUUAUGAGAUAAAAAUGUGAAAUUAUAUGAUAAAAAAGUCAAAAUUUAAAAACUGCCACCAGAGGCUCUUUUCUCUGGUUUUGUCAGCCGGCCUCAGUUAUUCUGGUUUAUCAUUUAAAGAUCUGAUGUUAAAAAUAAAAAGUAAAAAAAUGAUGGGAUUAAAAACAAUCAAAAUUUUGAGGAAAAAAAAAGUCAAAAUGAUGAGGUUAAACGUCAUUAUUAUAGGAUAACGAGUAAAAACUGAGCUAAAAAUUCAAAAUAAUGACAUAAAAAGUCAAAAUUGUGAGGAAAAAAAGUCGAAAUCCUGAUUUAAAAAGUCUAACUGAAGUGCCACCAGAGACUCGUUUCUCUGUUUUUCUGUUUUUUUCUCAUUUAAAGUCGUGAAGUUGGAGGAGAAUCUGUUAAUAAUGGCAGCUCCACAUUUCUCUCCUCAUGUUUCUGUUUUUUGAGGGGAGCGUGAACACGUGGAGGAGUGUGUGUGUGUGUGUGUGUGUGUGUGUGUGUGUGUGUGUGUGUGUGUGUGUGUGUGUGUGUCUGAAUGUUUUUGGGGUGAAAGGUCGUCCGUCUGUCUCUUCUUCUGUGGUGCUUUUUUCUUUUCUUUCACCCUUUUUGGGAAUUCCGACGAGGAGUUCUGUUUGUUUAUUGUGUUUUUGUUUAUUUUUUUGUAUUUGUGUAAAUAAACUGGUGUUGACUGCUUCGUAGCGAAGCCUCUGAUAACGUUCCUGACUAUUCAGGACUUUUUCUGUUCUCUUAAUAAACUCACUUUGUUUUUCCAGAAA